AUAACCGUAUAUUUCUACCAAAUUCCAACGAAACGCUAACCACAAAAUUUUAUACCUAUCCAUUAACAACAACAGGAAAAUUUUUUAACUUUAGCCCAACAGACAAGAAGAAAGGGCGAAAUAAUUCUAGUGUAAAAAUUGAUUCAAGGUGAAAGCUCUCGUGGCCUCCCUUCUCGUGUGUCCAGUGAGAGUGUAGCCUCCCUUCGACGUUUUUACCCGUUUUUUAACAUAUUGUUCGGUCAAUAAACAAGAAAAAUGCCGAGGGGUAAGGGUGGUGAUGAGUCCGAUAAGUUAACGAGGAUAGCUAUUGUAAAUACUGACAAGUGCAAGCCUAAAAGAUGUCAUCAGGAGUGCAAAAGGUCUUGUCCUGUUGUGAGGACUGGAAAAUUAUGUAUUGAAGUUAGCAUAAAUGACAAAUUGGCAGCUAUAUCAGAGGAGCUUUGUAUAGGUUGUGGUAUAUGUGUUAAGAAAUGUCCAUUUGAAGCAAUUACUAUCAUCAAUCUUCCAAGUAAUUUAGAGCGAGACACAACGCAUCGUUAUUCUCAGAAUUCGUUUAAACUUCAUAGACUUCCGAUUCCUAGGCCAGGUGAAGUGCUCGGGUUAGUCGGUACUAAUGGAAUUGGGAAGUCGACAGCUCUUAAGAUUUUGGCUGGGAAACAGAAGCCUAAUUUAGGCAGAUACACUUCACCUCCUGAUUGGACAGAAAUAUUGAAUCACUUUCGAGGGUCAGAAUUGCAAAACUACUUCACCAAAAUUUUAGAAGAUGAUCUUAAGGCUCUCAUCAAACCGCAGUAUGUUGACCAAAUUCCAAAAGCUGUCAAGGGAACUGUACAACAUCUCCUUGACCGAAAGGAUGAAAGGAAAAAUCAGAAUGAAAUCUGUGAUUUACUCGAUUUGGACAAGAUUAGAGAUCGGUCCAUUGAAGACUUGUCAGGAGGUGAAUUGCAACGCUUUGCCUGUGCUAUGGUCUGCAUACAGGAUGGGGAUAUAUUCAUGUUUGAUGAACCUUCUAGUUAUCUGGAUGUAAAGCAGCGUCUAAAUGCUGCCUACACGAUACGACAUCUUAUACGACCUGACAAAUUUAUUAUUGUUGUUGAGCACGAUUUAUCAGUUUUGGAUUAUCUCUCAGACUUCAUCUGCUGUUUGUACGGUGUCCCUGGGGCUUAUGGUGUAGUCACUAUGCCAUUUUCAGUUCGAGAAGGGAUUAAUAUCUUUCUUGAUGGGUUUGUUCCAACUGAAAACCUCCGGUUCAGAGAAGAAUCUUUAAUAUUUAAAGUAGCCGAAAGUGCAACUGAAGAAGAAGUUAAAAGGAUGCAGCAUUACGAAUACCCUACCAUGACGAAAACUAUGGGAAAUUUCCAGUUGCGUAUUGAGCAAGGACAGUUCACUGAUUCUGAAAUUGUUGUAUUACUCGGAGAAAAUGGGACGGGAAAGACGACUUUUAUUCGAAUGCUGGCUGGGAAUCUCGCUCCUGAUGAUGGCUCAGGAGACCUGCCCCAGUUGAAUAUCAGCUACAAGCCUCAGAAAAUUAGCCCCAAAUCUACAGGAAUUGUAAGGCAGUUGUUACACGAUAAAAUCAGAGAUGCCUAUAUCCAUCCACAGUUUGUAACGGAUGUAAUGAAACCGAUGAAGAUCGAUGAUAUAAUGGAUCAGGAAAUCCAAAACUUGUCAGGAGGUGAACUUCAGAGAGUAGCAAUGGCUCUUUGUUUGGGAAAACCAGCUGAUGUUUACCUUAUUGAUGAGCCAUCGGCUUAUUUAGAUUCCGAGCAACGUCUUGUCGCUGCCAAAGUUAUUAAAAGGUUUAUACUUCACGCAAAGAAAACCGGUUUCGUUGUCGAGCACGAUUUUAUAAUGGCUACAUACCUGGCUGACCGUGUUAUUGUAUUCGAGGGAGUCCCUUCCGUCAAGACUGUGGCCAACACUCCUCAGAAUCUUCUUGCAGGGAUGAAUCGGUUCUUGGAACUUUUGGGAAUCACUUUCAGAAGGGACCCUAAUAAUUUCCGACCCAGAAUAAACAAGAACAAUUCUGUCAAAGAUGUUGAACAGAAACGGGCUGGGCAAUAUUUCUUUUUGGAAGAUUAAUUUUUGUAAAAAUAUUUAUAUUUUUUAUAGGAGAUAA